UUUGCUUGGUUUUAACAAAAUCAGUUAGCACGUGUAUAAAAAGUGCCAAAUAAUAAUCAGAAAAUGGAUGAUCGAAGUGAUAUAGCUCAAGAUGGUCCCGCUGGCAUGGACCCUGAGGGUGUCAUCGAAUCGACCUGGCACGAGUCUAUUCAUGACAUGAAUUUGCGCGAGGAGCUGCUGCGCGGCAUCUAUGGUUAUGGUUUUGAGAAGCCAUCGGCCAUUCAACAACGCGCCAUCAUUCCCUGCGUUAAGGGUCGCAAUGUCAUUGCCCAGGCGCACUCGGGUACUGGCAAAACUGCCACCUUCUCGAUUGCCAUUCUGCAGCAAAUCGACACGACAUGUCGCGAAUGUCAGGCCACCCAAAUCCAACGUGUGGUCAUGGCUCUUGGUGAGUACAUGAAGGUGCAUUCGCAUGCCUGCAUCGGUGGCACCAAUGUCCGUGAGGAUGCCCGCAUUCUGGAAUCCGGCUGCCAUGUGGUUGUUGGUACCCCUGGUCGUGUGUAUGACAUGAUCAAUCGUAAGGUGCUCUGCACUCAGUCUAUUAAGCUGUUCGUUCUGGAUGAGGCUGAUGAGAUGUUGUCGCGCGGUUUCAAGGAUCAAAUCCAGGAUGUGUUCAAGAUGCUGCCACCAGAUGUGCAGGUCAUUCUGUUGUCUGCCACCAUGCCACAUGAUGUGCUUGAAGUCAGCCGUUGCUUCAUGCGUGAACCAGUCAGCAUUCUGGUCAAGAAGGAGGAAUUGACCCUUGAGGGUAUCAAGCAGUUCUAUGUGAAUGUUAAGCAGGAGAACUGGAAAUUGGGUACAUUGUGCGAUCUAUACGAUACCCUGUCCAUUACCCAAUCGGUCAUCUUCUGUAAUACCAGACGCAAGGUCGAUCAAUUGACUCAGGAGAUGUCUAACCACAACUUCACAGUCUCGGCCAUGCAUGGUGAUAUGGAGCAACGUGAUCGUGAAGUCAUCAUGAAACAAUUCCUUCUGAUUACAACUGAUUUACUGGCGCGUGGUAUUGAUGUCCAGCAGGUGUCAUUGGUUAUUAACUAUUAUCUGCCCUCGAACCGCGAGAACUAUAUCGGUCGCGGUGGUCGUUUCGGUCGCAAGGGUGUUGCGAUCAACUUCAUCACAGAUGAAGAUCGACGAAUCCUUAAGGAUAUUGAACAAUUUUAUCACACAACAAUUGAGGAAACGCCUGCUAAUAUUGCCGAUUUUAUUUAA